GAUGAAGGAAAUGUGCUCACUGAAGAAAUUGCAGAAGAUCCUGAUGGUCCAUCUACUUCUGGACAAGGUUUGAAUGUGGCCCCUGAGAGUCACAGCGAAGUUGAAGAAGAGACAUCGGAUGGGGUCAGUAAAUCCGUCCACCGAGUUUUUGCUUCCAUGAUGGGAGAAAAUGAAGAGGAGGAAGAUGAAGAAGAGGAGGAGGAUGAAGAAACCUUGGAACAGCCUACAGCGGGAGACGUUUUUGCCCUGGAGAUGGUGCUUAAUAGAGAAACUAAGAAAAUGAUGAAAGAAAAACGGCCCCGCAGUAAGCUGCCCCGGGCGCUGAGAGGCCUCAUGGGGGAAGCCAACAUCAGGUUUGCCCGAGGAGAACACGAAGAGGCCAUUCUGAUGUGCAUGGAGAUCAUAAGACAAGCUCCUCUUGCGUACGAACCCUUCUCGACGCUUGCCAUGAUUUACGAAGACCAAGGCGAUAUGGAGAAGUCUUUGCAGUUUGAACUGAUUGCCGCUCACUUAAACCCCAGCGACACCGAGGAGUGGGUGCGGCUGGCGGAAAUGUCGCUCGAGCAGGACAAUAUUAAGCAGGCCAUUUUCUGCUACGCAAAAGCCCUGAAAUAUGAUCCUACCAACGUGCGCUACCUGUGGGAGAGAUCAAGCCUGUACGAGCAGUUGGGGGAACACAAGCUGGCGAUGGAUGGCUACAGGCGCAUUUUGAAUCUCCUGACCCCUUUUGACGGCGAUCGCUUUAUGCAUUUGGCAAGGGAUAUGGCAAAGAGUUACUACGAGGCCAAUGAUAUUGCAGCAGCAAUUGAGAUCAUGGAGGAAGCCUUUGGCAAACACCAGAACCUUGUCUCUGUGGAGGACGUCAAUAUAGCUGCCGAACUGUACAUUUCUAACAAGCAGUAUGACAAAGCGCUGGCGGUUAUCACAGACUUUUCAGGGAUUGUGCUUGAGAAGAAAGAAGAAGAAGAAGAAGAAGAAGGGGACUCUUCUUUGGAGAAUGAAGUGCAAGCUCCGGUGGAAAUGGAGGAGGGACAGGAGUCGGCAACCGACCGCCCAGACUGUGCACGUGAAACCCCUUCUCCUUCUUCGGAAAAGGUCACCUGCUCCAUCCCAGAGGGGGUUCCCAUCGACAUCACGGUGAAACUCAUGGUUUGCUUGGUGCACUUGAACAUCUUGGAGCCCCUCAAC